UUUUCCAGAUAGUAAGGCAUACACAAUUUAACGGUUGUAGUUAACGAUUUGCAAAAGAACUUAUAGUUCCUGAACGCAUGUGUUAUACUUGUUCGAGAUAUGCGGAUCUGUGGUUGUUUGAGGUAGGCAAUUGAACAUGUGUGGGAAUAAGUUAAAUCAGAAGAUGUUAACCAACGAAAUGAAUGCGGUAAAAUAGUGGAAGGAUUAAAAUUAAAUUCAAGUCUACGGAUAACAAACAGAAUCGUUAUAUAAGUUGCAGUAUCUUUAUAGAUACAUAAAUGGGUCGCGGACGGACCGGGUACCAGCCUGCAGGAAUCUAUGGGUGGCGGAAACAGUGUCUCUACGCUAUCACUCUCUUCAUCCUCGUCGUCGUCAUCAUGAAUCUUGCCCUCACCGUGUGGAUCCUUAGAGUACUCAACUUCGACAUCAGCGGAUUGAACAUGGGCACCAUCACCAUCGGCAGUUCCGGUAUCAGUGUGGGCGGCCGGACGGAGCUCGUCCGUUCCCUCUACGUCAACAACGUCACCGCAGCCGGCAUGAAACAACUGAAUAUAACAUCAAAGGGCGACAUAACGCUCAAGUCCGUGUCCAACACAGCAAAGGAAACAUCUGGUUUACACAUAGGCAGACGUAAAAUAGACGUAACAUGUGAGGAAUUCGAGAUUAAAGACCUCUCUGGACAUUCAAAGCUCAAGGUCACCGACAAAGCCGUCACAUAUGGGGUAAACGAGGUCACAUAUAGUGGCAAAGCGGUGUUCAACGGCUCCAUAGAGACUCCAAACAUCCGGGGACCUAGCAAGGGUUCGCUUAGGCUGAAUUCUGCCUCCAGUACCAUAGAAAUAUACGGGAGGGAAGGCGUGCAUAUUGACGCGGUCAUUGGCAACAUUGAGCUCAUAGGCGAGGGAAAUAUAAUAGUAGGGGCUAAGAAAAAGAUAAGUUUGAACGGUACAGCCAUAUAUAUUCAAAAUUUGAACAUAGUCUCAUCGGCGAGUAAUGGCGUCAGUGCGCGAGAUGACGUAUACCAACUGUGCAUGUGUCGUAAUGGCCGCCUGUUUCUGGCGCCAUCUUCCGGGAUAUGCGCUCAAGAUGGACAAAUCUGCUAUUGAUCCGUGUGGGAAGAUAGUCAAUAAUAUGUGUUAGAACUUCAUAGGACGUUCUUUAUCAUCAAACUUAAUUAACUAUGUCACAUGUUGAAGUGUUUAAACGGCCAUCGAUUACUGAUGAUGUCUGUGAGGUAUAUGCUUAAGAUUGACAGCUUUGCAUAUUAAUGACUUUUUGCGGCUCCUCUUUUCAGCAUGUGGACUUUUUAAAAGAUGACCUUUUAAAAUACAAUGUACGUGCUUUUGAAGUGCGCAUGUGUCAUAAUGACUGCUCGUAUUUCGUGUCAUAUCAAAAUAUAAAAAAAAUCUGAUCUUAAGGCUAGCGCCUGAAAUACUUCGUUUGCAUAGAUUUUUUUGUUUUUACUUUUUAAGCCAAGAUGACAUUUGAUGUACAAAUAUAUUGCCAAGUACAUGUAUAUACGCAUUUUAUUCUAGUUACAAUUCUGAGUUUUGCCCGUGUCUCAGGUUUGGGACACAAAAUAGUUGAAAAUUAAUGUUUCUGUCGACAUUAAAUGUCAUGCCUUAUGUUGCCAUCAUAAGAACGCGGAACAAUAUCCUUUUAUUCAUUUUAUCAUAAAUAUAUGCACUAUACCAAUUUAGGUCAUCUAAAAAUAUGCAUAUUCAACUAAUUGCAAAGUUUUGGAUUUUGUAACCAAUGAUGUCACCCUAAAUCGCAUGAGGACGACGCGCGACAUUCAACAAAUACUAAUGUACAAAGACACGAGACAUUACCUCGAUUUAGCGUUGUGGGUUGUUGUUGAUGGUUGUGUCUCGCGCUCAAUAUCUUAAGAAGGAAGUUUACGGCGUAAUCGGACAACUCCACAAUAUUUGCGCGAUGUAAACUGUCGAGUGACUUUGUACAUUACCGUGUGAAGUUGGUGAUUGCCUUGCAUCGCGUUGAACGACACUCGACAUUGAACAACAUUCCAUUUUCGAUGCAAUAUUUCCACCCUAAAUCUACCGCGACAGUCCGAAGUUCAAUUGUUUAAAUGUCGUGUGUCGUUGUUCAUUGGCGAGUUUUGUUGCAUGGUUAUUGUGGAGUAUCGUAUCACAUGUUGCUUUGUUUGACUUGUAUAGGUCUCCACGGACGAAAGACGAUAUUUAAUGUGACACUAACCAGAUUCCGUUAAAAGUUGUUGUGUGUUUGUGAAUAAUUAAUAAUAGUGAUCUCAUUUGUUCAUUGUGUAUUGACGUUAAUCAAUGUAAAUGUAUGUGAAAAACCGUGCUUGCAGUUCUUUAAGUUUAGAAAAAUUAAGAUGCGUACUUUUUUUGUUCUAUUUCGUUAUAAUUAAUAAAGCAGUGUGUCGAUAUUGUAUAUUGCUUGCGUGUUAAUAGAGAUGUUGUAAACACGAUGUUUGUAUUUUGCAGUGUAAACAAAACUUCUGAUACUUGUUUUCAUUCCCAUGGUAGCUAAGAUCCAGAAAUAAGUUUUUGUUGAAACAAGAACAGUAACUGUCGUACUAGAAAUACCGGCCGCAGGCUACUUAGACAGAGAGCAAAGGCAGUUCAUUUUCAAUGACUGGUUCUUUAACGAUCCAAGCUUUAAACCUAUGAAGUUUUGCCUUGAAACUUCAUAUUAUAGUCAAGAUAUGCCAUUGACAAAAUUUCAGUAACAAUGACUGUGCAAUAAUGAAAGCAGGAGUUAUGGUUCCUGGUAAAUGCAGCUCUCAUCAUGGGGAUAUAUCUACCUAUGCAAUCUCAAGUUUAUACCCCGAAUACUGAUUAGUUUGCAAUAUCUGCCCAAUUCAAAAUUAAGAUGUAAAUUAUUAAGGAAAAUAACUCUCGAAACAUGGAAAUAAGUUCUAUGGUUCGUGUGCUCUGCACAUCUUAAUAAUGAAAUAUUGCUUUAUAUCAAGUUGGUGCCUGUUUUAGUUUUCAAAAUGUGCUCCUAACACAAUGUAAGUAUAAACACUGGGCAAUAAAUCUAAAAUUAUGGAA